CAAGAAGAAAUUGUAAACGAAAAUGACCAAGACUUUUAUAAUUUUGUUGUCCCAACUGGAUAUCAUCUUGGAAUUGAUUUAAUCAGCAAGGUCAUUUUAACUGAUAAACGAGUCCUUAACGUCAUAACUGCAACUAUUGCUAAAGGUCAUAUGUUAUUGAGCCUCUAG